AUGGAGCUGUCUGACAGUAUUUCCAGAGAUCAGCUUGUGGUGCUGCAGCUUCUGGAGGAGAUCCAGCGAUUAGUGGAUCUAGCAGGGGGCGAGACCAAACCAGGUGAAGAUGUCAACCCGAGGAUGCAUCCGGCAGCCAAAUUGUAUCUCGACACACGCGACACCUUUGAGGUGAUUGAGAAUAUGGUGGAAGAGCAUGUCAAAGGGAAACCCAAGCUACUCCGAAGGCUUAGUAAGCAAUCCAGUAGCGAGAGCGUCACAACUUCAGCCCCUAGUUCGCCUCGUGGGAGCCCAACCGUUUCUGCGCUGAAUGACGCUGUCAUCGAUCGUAUCCAGGAGAUGUUCCGAUAUUUAGGAAGUUUACUUGGACCCUCCGUUCUAAAAGAGCUGCGGCUUCGUAAACUCUCCAUCACAUCGAUUCUACAUUAUGUGAGAUUUUUGCCGAUGGAAUACCAGUGGACAGCAUACAAAGAAGCACGAAAAGAAGAAGUGGAGCAAGCCUAUCGCGAGACCGUUUUCGACUCCCUAUCGUCGUCUACUCACCCCCUAACAGAUAGCCAAACUCUACGACACCGUGCUGAAUUUGUAAAACAACAAAUUCGCAAAGAUGUGGAUACUGUUUGUUUGUUUGCGGCGGAUGGUACACUCUCUACGAUUUUUGGAGAUGACGGUGACAUGGUGGAGGAAAAUGUGGCAAUUAAGUUUGAAUCACUCAUUGCAGACGUGUACAGCGGCUAUCUUAAAGAAUCAUUAGACGUGCAGAUGAAACAUUUGAUACAAGUUUCUGAUCAAUGGGCGCACGAUACGGCAAUAACGUCAUCUUCCAAACACGCAUCAGAAACCGGCCCGCCACUUGUAGUCCAGUGCUUCUAUCGACCGCGUAAAUUUCGCAUGAAAGGAGGUAUUUUCCCGGAUAUGCUUAUGAAUCUCGUAAAUCGGUGCGUACAUCUACCACCGGCUCAUUCUAGUCAGCCGGCUAAGCUUCUAGUGGCGGAUCCUCACCACGUCGGCGUGUGGUGGCAAAAAUCAGUGUUUUCGGUCACUGAGCGAGACGUAACUACUCUUCAUGAUGAUGCAAGUCGCGAUAUCUUGGGGAAAGUGGAGACGUUGGAUGGUCAAUUGUACGUGCCGCUUCUUCGAAAAGAACAAGAUGGGUCUCGUUUAUUUGGUCGAAGUGGGGGUCUCGCGAAAUGGGUAGGUCAGCGUGUCCUAGUAAACAACGGCAAGGACAGCGUAUGGGUUGAAGUUGUGGUUAUUGAUGUAGACGAUAAGCGAUGCAAACUCCAGAUGAAGAAAUCUCUUCAAAAAUGUGUCGAAGUAGCUAGUUGGACCCAAUUUUUUUCGCUGAAUGAAUGGGUAAAUCUGCGAGAUUUUCAUUUUAUCGGAGCCCCCGUGAAUCCUCAGUUCCGUGUGCAAAUGGGUCUCAAAUUUCGAGAAGUCCUCGAGUCUGUACAGGCAGUGGUUGUAGAGAUUAGCUCGGUAUUUCCCAAUGGCGAGUUAAAUGACAAAGUGGGGAGUGCACUGUGGAAAUCUGUGGAGCCGUCAAUUAGCAGGGGUGAACACAUUUUUGCGCGCUACUUUCGGUCUGUUCUUCAAAACGACGUGCUAACUCACGGGAAUCCAGCAGUUCACGCCACGCCGGCACGUUCGAGAUCGAGUUCUUUUGAAGCUGCAGCCUCGCCGCAAGAUCAACUGGUUGUGAGGGACAUGGGAUCUACCGUUAACUUCGCAAGAGGUAGUUCUGUUCGGCCCAUUAUUGAAGCGAAAAUUGGGUAUUUUGAUGAGUUGGGUACCUAUUGCUUCCAACAACCAUCACGACUAACGAGGACUAGUACAGCCAUGCGUUCGACCAUUUCGGAAACCACAACAUCAUCUCGAACCAUAUCACCGUUUGAGAAACUCGCACAUCAUUUACUUGAAGAAACUGAGAUUAUUGGUACUUGUAUUCAAGCGCAAAAUGUCGCUCUUAGCUGCACUUUUGUGCAGGUUUUACUGGAAAAGAUAGCAAAGAUGAAUCAGCAGAUGAUAGCUACACUUCAAUUACCGUCAUGCACGGUUGAAAAAGCCGUAUCGGAACACGCCAAUUCGUGCAGAUUGCUCUUUGUGUGGCGAAUAUGCAGACAUGAAGUCGACACGAUGGCACGGCAAGGAAGGAGGAGUAAACGACGCAAUCUUGACCAUGACAACCGAUACAUUCAUCUCAACUGGGUUGAUCAUGCGUUCGAACGAGUGGAAUCGCAAAUUUUAGAGACGAUACAUUCGCUUGUUCACUACGCACAUCGUGUCUUUUUCCACGAAUGUAUGAAUCACUUACUCCCGGGAAUUUAUGAACAAUCGUGGGCAGCAUGCAAGCCUUGGUUCGGUAAUACUCGGUGUACCUACGCCGUACAAGGGUUCGUCUUUCGGGUGCAGCUGUUGCUGGAGUAUGUUAAUACUACGGUGCUAAUAGGCUACGAACGCAACCUUGGUGUACACGAAAAAGUGUAUGAACUAACAGUUCGAAUGCUGUUGGAUGUUCUGGCUUGUAUUGCGGAGGCGUAUGAGAGCCUCGUGGUUUCCAGGGCUCGUGAAGGACAAUGGAAGAUCGAUAUGCUUUAUCUCGUAUGUGGUGUGUACAAACUGCUCAAACAGCUGGAUCAAAUGUUCUCCUCUCGAGGAGCUAGUCAAAGUGCCAAAGGAAAACGCAAAGCAAUGAACGAUAUCCGAUCUAUUUGUUUGCGACUUCUUGUCCGCUUAGCCGUCCGAUCCGGCCCAGCCAAUAUUGUAUUGGAUACGUUGGCGAAGAAGGCUCAGGCUGACAGCUUUGAGCAGUAUUCAGACGUGGACACGAUUUCUGAACUGGACUAUCAUAUCGCCUCCAUAAUCCGCUGGGUCGACCCUAAUGGAGACAUUCUGGGCGAUUUUGGUAAUGAAGAGAGUGAAAAGGAUCUGCCGCGGAUACACACGAUUUUUGUCAGCAUGGAGAUAAAAAAGCUGAUUGAUGUGCAGCUAAAUUGGACAGCUCUGAUUUCUCGAAACAGUUUAGCAAAGCAAAUGUUGUUGGGGAUCUUGCAGCAACGGCACGAGCUUGGUGACUGGCCCUUUCCAGUACUCACAGAGGCUGAGCUGCAAGUGCGUAGUCAAAUUCAGCAGUUUAUUGACCGAUUCAGCGGCAACACUGGGAUAAAGGAGCAAGAAGAGCAUAGCGUUACCCCAUCGGAGGAACUACCAAACAGCACUAGCCAGGGCAAUGGCAAUAGCUCACAUCCACUCGAGAGGAGUGAAAAGCCAACCUUAAAUUUGCCAACAUAA